UCUGUCCUUUGCUCCUCAUCGUGCUGCUGUUACGCCUUCUCCAUUAGCAACGUUGAUCUCAAAACAUACGAGUAGCACUGCUGUAGAAGAAUCUCAUAGCAUCGGCAUCGUUUACAGCUUACAAGUUCGCAGAGUAAGGCACAUUUCUCGUUCACUAUCUCAAGACAGUAUCAUGAUGACCUUGCCGGAAGUGGUAUGGAACGAUCAUGCUGAGUUCUAGUGUCAACUAUGACCAGGCGUGUCGCUCUACCUGCUGACUAUGGAUCUCAGAUUAUGAGAGACGAUUGAUCAGUCUUCGUCGAGCAGACACGAUAUUCCGGAAGCAUGGCCAACAUUCAGUACCAAGCAUCGGGAACUCCAGUAUCACAAGUCGAGAACGAUGUCGCUCAGACUCUCAAUCUUGCCGGCUCGAUAGUCACCAUCAUCCGGGAACCUAUAGCCCACAUCUUCGAAACUUAUACUAAAGCCCAGAAAAUCAAAAAAAGCCUCGACAUCUGGCAGAGAGAAAUCUUGGACGAGAAUGGCCAGCCUUGUAUCCCUGUGCUUCGUCACCAAGAGUUGGAGAAUCACCUCGAGAAAACCGACGGAAUCAUUCCUGCUUUCCAAGCAGAAAACCACAAGCAAAACCCUGACAGCAGUCGGAGCUACCGGAUAUCUUGGCCUGGUUGGGCGAGGCAGAGCCCGGAAUCCGCUUCAACGCCGGCAAUGCCUCCAGCUGGGACAGCUUGUUGGGGUUAUUUCCUCUUUGCACUGGGCAUCCGCCCCGGGAUGAAGACGGUCAGUAGAAGACCAUCGACCGAUGGCUUCAUUAGCACCCAGAAUGGUGGCGUUGAGAUGGAGAUUGACGGUUCUGCGUUAUGCCAUGUAAUGAACCUAUAUUCUACGAAUAAUCUUGAUCUCCAUGCGCCUUUUCAGCCCACGAAUCGGUGCCGUAUGAGCUUCGGAACACUCAGUUGGGAAAUGGCUAUCAACCAGCCCCAAGUUCACGCACACUUCCGGCCGGGGAUUGAGCACGAAUUAGCUUCGGAGAAACGCCCAUUCAGUCGAUACAAAAUUUCUAUGGAUGUUGGUACAAUAAUGGUGUCUUAUCUGACAGCAUUGCACCAUAGCGUGUCAGACCAACGAUUUCAACUUGCUGCUCCACAAGCGUCGCUAUCAGAGCGAAUCGAACGGCUUCUGGAAUGCUUUCAUAUGCUGGGUGAACGGGUCACGAGAAGGAUAAUGUCUCGCCGUUCCAGAACCACACAUCAGGAUAUCGAUGGUGUUAUAUUUUCGCAUGAGUGGUUCAAUCAGGCCGCCAGUGUUAAACGGCGGCUUCUAGCCCAAGGGGGUGACGACCGCUCGUUCUUCGAUGAUAUUCACGAGCGUUGUUCAACCGAGCGAGAAAGGAAGGGUCUCGGAGAAUUUUUCUUCUUCGGAAAGGAGGGAUUUGACUUUAAGCCGGGAAUAGUUGAAAGGCGUAGUCUGCUUGAAACCCCAAGGCUACCUGAGGACAUUGUCAUGCAGGUAUUGUUAAGCUACGAGACCUGUCCGGCUGGGUCAUGGAAGCGCAGCCUGUUCGAAAGCAGAGAAGAUGUCCUGAGAGUGGCCGCGAUACCAAAGACCAUUUACCCGGAGGAUUAUGCCCCAAUGGUAAUCUUAUGGUAUACACCUAGCUCUGAUAUUUGGGAUCAGACAGUGCUCUUGGGGGCGCCUAUAUCCGCAACAUAGGAGGAAGACGUUCUCAGGCAACCCAGAAUUUAUUAAAGUGCUUUUAAAAGCUACAGAACACAUAGAAUAGUGGGGUAUCCGCUCGGGCAAAGAGG